UUUUUCCCUCUCUUCCUCUGCCCGACUUCAGUCUCUCUGUUUCUCUUCACUCGGAUCAGGCGGAACCUAGGGUUUCUCCCGAUCAGGCAGGUCCUCCUCGCUUCGAUCUUCCGCAGAUUCCGGAAUUCGCGAUCAUUUUUCCUGCUUCCGAUCAGCUUCGGUUCCGUCCGAUCGCCGUUCGACGACCGAUCGCCGUUCGACGAUGGAUCGGAAGAAAUGCGAGGCGAGCGGAAAGGCGACGAGCUCGGAAGGACCGGCGUUCGCGUUAAGGACGCCUCGGAAGAUCGGCGAGCCUCUGCGAACCGAGACUGAGGUCGCGGAUGAGUCAAGGUACGAGGAGAUUGCGGAGGUUUUUAAUCACAUGACCUGCUCGCUGAGGCUGCUUAAUCUGUGCAAGAAGCCUCCCACGUUUUGGAAUGUCAGUGCUCAGGUGGAAGUUCUUGCGAAAAGAAAAUUUCUAUACAGCCAUCUUGCACAGAUUAAAUAUGUACUUCCUGAAGUCAUACAGAUAGAGAAGCUCCUUAUUUAUGAUAAGAAAACUUCAUGCAUGAGGCCUGAUGUGAAAAUCACAGUGCAACUUGAUGCCAUAGAGACGCGUCAUGAACAAUCUGGCUUCAUGGCACUGCGGGAACUUUUCGUGUUGAGGCUUGUUGAUUAUUUCGCUGACCAUCCGGAGGCUUCUGUUGUUCCAGAGGCCAUGUUACCUGGGCCUUUUCACCAAAGCAAUCAGAUCACCGACGAUGAAGAUACUCUUGGAGAUUCUGUGUUCCAACAUCAGUCAACAGUUGCUGAUGGUGUGAUAUUGUCAGAGGCAUCUGGUUUACCUGAGUCUUUCAGCAGACACUUUUCUCAGAAGUUGGUUGUAUCAGAGAAAACUCAACUUUUAGCAUCUCCAGUUACCUUCUCUUCUUCCUCAUGCACCAAUCCUACCAAUCAGGAAUUGCAAGGUAGACAAGAGGGACACUUAAAUGUCGUAUGCCCUGAACCUAUCGGUGAGAUCAACCACAAUAUCAGUACGGAGGAAGAGGAAGAAGCUUCUUCCGGUUGUGGUAGGUCCAACUUCAUUGUUCCCUCUGUUGAAUCGCCUUAUCCAUGCUCAUCUGUUGACCCUAUCGACAAGGAAAGUCCUGCAGUCAGGUUUUCCCCAUCUUCUGGAAAUUUAAUGAUUGACACUCCGGCACAGAUGACCCCAAAGAGAUCAAUAUCUGAUUGUGACAACAAUAUUAAAUCAAUGAGUAGAAAACAAUGUCAGUCAUGUGAGAAGCCUGCAAAAAGGUCUUUGGACUUCUCUUCCCCGAAAGGUGAUAGAAGUUCCAUGGAUAGAUCAGAGACUUGCAAGCAUGUCCAUGAUUUCAGCCCAUGCUCUCUGAAACUUGUGGAAGAAAAGAAUCUCUCAGGAGAAGCAGCAGGAUUGCAUCAGGAGAAUGAGAGAGGCCAUCUUUCCAAGGAUCAAAUUUCGGCCAAUAGAAGUUUAAGAAUGUGCCAGGACCUUUCUCACUUGAAUGGAAUUGCUGCCACAGUAAAUUAUGUUUUCCAGUCGGUUGGCUGCUCUUCAAUCACAAGGGAGGAGCUCGUGCACAAGAUAAUAAUGAAUAACUUUGAAGUUCUUGAGAGAAAGGAGGUUGAAGAGCAGAUCGAUUUUCUUGGGAAAUUGUUUCCUGAUUGGUUCUGCCGAAGAUCAACACAUAGCGGAGAUAUUAUAUAUAGCAUUAGGGAGGGGACAAGCCUUGAGUCAAUUACGUCAAGGCUCAUUAGCAGUUGACAAUGUUGGGAAGCUACUGCAACUUACAGCAGGUAUUUCGUUUUGUUGCAAAUUAGACUAGGAGGAGAAAGUGCCAUGAGGUUCAGUUGACAUUGCUUGCAUCUCCAAUAUAUACUCAAGGUUGUACUGUUUAACAGAUGCAACAGACUUCCCUGAUUACCACCUACUUUUUAACAGAAGCAACAAAUUCCCUAAUUACAUGUACUCGAUCCAUAUACAUUCUUCAUUCUUCUUCAUUGCAACUAUACGUUUUCUCAUUUCCACACUCCAAUCAUAUAAAUAUUUCCUUAUUGUGCAUUCUAGUAUAAAUAGUUUUUUACGCCAAAUUUUAUGUUCGAACGGCUUUAAUAAGCAGAAGACAAGUGACCACUAUCAGCUACCAUCACAUUUACUGGUUACCUUCCAAAUCCUUUGAGGGGUUACAAAAUUUUAAACACUAUCAAGAAGAUGGUGUUUUCAAUCUCGUUUUCAAUCUUGACAUUUUAGUUUGAUUGUGGGUUGUGAAUCUGUGAUCCAGAUCAAUAUCCACGUAAGCCUAAAUGCGAUAGACUCCUUUGUGUGACACUGAUCAGACAUAAGAACAAGUCCAUUCGGUUUUUUUUCUACUCCAAUCUGCGUCCCGAUGUACCUAACAGCCGAAUGACAGCUCAAGAUCGGAUCACAAGAGGCGAAAUUGUCCAGCUUGUGUGUACGCACGAUGCUGCGGAUAAGUUUGCUCUUUCCCACCUCCGCCUUUCCUUGAAGUCCUUAGAAUUUGGUGUACGUGACGUAGUAAAUCCAGCGGUGAACCAUGUUCUCAUCCUCUCAAUGUGGCAAGUCCCCACGUGAUGUCGAGGAUUUGUCAUUUGUUUGACCGGAGCACGUUUGAAUCGGGAAAGGUCCAUCGUGUACGGCCAAGGACGAGAUAUCUUUAUAGACGAUAAGGGAUGUUGAUCUUUUCGCAAAUUAUCUUGAACUUGUCCUUCCCGUCCAUAAGAUUAGUCCGGCCUCCAAGAACCGAUCAACCCCGACUCUCAAUGCGUAGCAAGUCGUCCUCUUAUCCCCAACGUAUCAUUCGUGGUGAGUUUUGAAUACCAUACCAUGGGUGAAAGUCAAAACACGCCAUCGUUCUGUAUUCUCACCCGCCUCGCCCCCAUCUGUUCUUCCAAAUCCUAUCCCCAUUUUGACAUUUCACGCCUCCACAUCUCUUUUUUUUUUCAUAUAAAUAGAUCGACUCACCAACCUUUCUCUGCACAAAUCGAUCACUAUCACACCAUGGACAUGAAAACCCCACUCUCCCUCCUCCUCCUCUCCCUCCUCCUCCUCUCCUUCUCCCCCAAACCCUCCAAUGCAGCAUCAUCCCCUGUCCUCGACACUGAUGGCCACGAGCUCCAGACUGGCGUCAACUACCACAUCCUCCCGGUCCUCCGCGGCCGAGGCGGCGGCCUCACUCUGGGCGCCUCGAGGAGUGGCAACUGCCCACUCGCGGUCGUCCAGGAACAGCAGGAGCUCUCCGAUGGCCUCCCUGCCAAGUUCUCUCCUGUGGAUGGCGACAGCACCAUCCGCCUUUCAACUGAUCUCAACGUCUGGUUCGAUGCGGCGACGAUCUGUGUGCAGUCCACGGUGUGGAGGCUCGCCGCCUUCGAUGAGGAGGUGAAGCAGUACUUCGUCGAGAGCGGCGGGGUCCUGGGGAACCCGGGACGCGAGACCGUAAGCAACUGGUUCAAGAUCGAGAAGGUGGACGAGGAUUACAAUUUCCGGUUCUGUCCCACGGUGUGCGACACUUGCAGGGUGAUAUGUCGGGACGUCGGGAUUUAUGUGGAUGGUUCGACGCGGCGUCUGGCCUUGAGCGACGAGCCGUUCAGGGUCAAGUUCAGGAAGGCAUGAGGCGCGCGUAGCCCAGAGUGCAUGCAGAUUAUGCGAGGCAUAAUAUGGGCAACACGCAAAGGGAAGGAAUUCUUAAAUGCUAAAUAAAUCCGUACUGGAACCUAUUUUAUGUAAACGUGAUCUUUGUAAUAGCAUGUCAAAUAAAUUUCUAAUAAGAAGCCUGUGAGCUGAAAAUUCCAUCCCUCAAAAGAAGAAAUUAUAAAUUAUAUUUGAGUGAAUUUACAUAUGCAUAUCUUA